UAAAGAAACUAAUUGACCAAGAAACUGAGUCCCAGGAAAAGAAGGAGCAAGAAAAGGAGAAGAGGAUCAAGGCCCUGAAAGAGGAGCUGACCAAGCUGAAGUCUUUUGCUUUGAUGGUUGUGGAUGAACAACAACGGCUUACAGCUCAACUCGCCCUUCAAAGACAGAAAAUCCGAGAUCUGACCACAAGUGCAAAGGAAACACAGGGUAAACUAGCCCUUGCUGAAGCCAGAGCUCAGGAAGAAGAGCAGAAGGCAUCUAGGCUAGAAAAAGAACUGCAAACACAGACCACAGAGUUUCAGCAAAACCAAGACAAAAUUAUGGCAAAGCUCACCAACGAGGACAGUCAAAACCGCCAACUCCGACAGAAGCUGGCAGCACUCAGCCGGCAAAUUGAUGAGUUAGAAGAGACCAACAGGUCUUUACGAAAAGCCGAGGAAGAGCUGCAAGAUAUAAAAGAAAAAAUAAACAAGGGAGAAUAUGGAGACUCUGGUAUCAUGGAUGAAGUGGAUGAGCUCAGGAAGCGCGUGCUGGAUAUGGAGGGGAAAGACGAGGAGCUCAUAAAAAUGGAGGAGCAGUGCAGAGACCUCAAUAAGAGGCUUGAGAAAGAGACAGUACAGAGUAAAGACUUCAAACUAGAGGUUGACAAACUUAGUAUAAGGAUCGCGGCUCUGGAAAAAUUAGAAGAUGCUUUAGACAAAAGCAAACAAGAAUGCUACUCUCUGAAAUGCAAUUUAGAGAAAGAAAAGAUGACCACAAAGCAGUUGUCGGAAGAGCUGGAGAGUUUAAAUGCCAGAAUCAAAGAACUGGAAGCCAUCGAAAGCCGGCUGGAAAAGACAGAAAUCACACUAAAGGAUGACUUAACUAAACUGAAAACAUUAACUGUAAUGCUUGUGGAUGAACGAAAAACAAUGAGUGAAAAAUUAAAGCAAACGGAAGAUAAGUUACAAACCACCGCCUCUCAGCUCCAAGCAGAGCAAAAUAAAGUGACAACAGUGACUGAGAAGUUAAUUGAGGAAACCAAGAGAGCACUCAAGUCCAAAACUGAUGCAGAAGAGAAGAUGUACAGUGUAACCAAGGAAAGAGAUGACCUCAGAAAUAAACUCAAGGCAGAAGAAGAGAAAGGACACGAUCUCUUGUCAAAAGUUACUGUACUGAAAAACAGGCUUCAGUCACUGGAAGCAAUUGAGAAAGAGUUCGUGAAAAACAAAUUAAACCAGGACUCCAGUAAGUCCACAGCAGCAUUACACCAAGAAAACAAUAAGAUUAAGGAGCUCUCUCAAGAAGUGGAAAAGCUAAAACUGAAGCUAAAAGAUAUGAAAGCCAUUGAGGAUGACCUUAUGAAAACAGAGGAUGAGUAUGAGACCUUAGAACGGAGGUAUGCUAACGAGAGAGACAAGGCUCAGUUUCUGUCUCAAGAGCUGGAACAUGCUAAAAUGGAACUUGCCAAGUACAAGUUAGCGGAAAAGACAGAGUCCAGCCAUGAGCAGUGGCUUUUCAGGAGGCUCCAGGAAGAAGAAGCGAAAUCAGGCCACCUGUCAAGAGAAGUGGACGCAUUAAAGGAGAAAAUUCACGAGUACAUGGCAACAGAGGACCUCAUUUGUCACCUCCAGGGAGACCACUCUGUUCUGCAAAAGAAACUAAACCAACAGGAAAACAGGAACAGAGAUUUGGGAAGAGAGAUUGAAAACCUCACUAAAGAGUUAGAAAGGUAUCGGCAUUUUAGUAAGAGCCUCCGGCCUAGUCCCAACGGAAGAAGAAUCUGUGACCCACAAGUAUUUUCUAAAGAAGUUCAAACGGAAGCAGCAGACAGUGAGCCUCCAGACUACAAGAGCCUCAUUCCUCUGGAGAGACCAGUGAUCAAUGGUCAGUUGUAUGAGGAGAAGGAGGACCAGGAUGACAACCCUAACGAGGAGGAGUCCGUGCUGUCCUUUAGAUGCAGCCCGUCUACUUCUCUUCCUAUGAACAGGAAACUGUGGAUUCCUUGGAUGAAAUCCAAGGAGGGCCAUCCUCAGAAUGGAAAAAUACAAACUAGGUCCAAUGGCAACUUUGUACAACCUGGAGAUCUAGUUCUAAGUCACACACCUGGGCAGCCACUUCACAUAAAGGUUACUCCGGACCACACGCAAAAUACGGCCACUCUUGAGAUCACAAGUCCAACCACAGAGAGUCCUCACUCCUACACCAGCACAGCAGUGAUACCAAACUGUGGCACCCCAAAGCAAAGGAUUACCAUUCUCCAAAAUGCCUCUAUCACACCAGUUAAGUCCAAAAGCUCUACGGAAAGCCUUAUGAACUUAGAGCAAAGCAUGCCCCCAGUUACCAUGGCAACCUUUGCCAGAGCACAGACCCCGGAGUCCUGUGGUUCUGUGACUCCAGAACGGACAAUGUCACCUAUUCAGGUUUUGGCUAUGACUGGUUCACCUAGUUCUCCUGAGCAAGGCUGCUCUCCAGAGCCGAUAGAGAUCAGCGCCAAGCAUGCAAUUUUCAGAGUCUCACCAGACCGGCAGUCAUCAUGGCAGUUUCAACGUUCAAACAGUAACAGUUCAAGUGUGAUAACUACUGAGGAUAAUAAAAUCCACAUUCACUUAGGAAGUCCUUACAUGCAAGCUGUGGCUGGCCCCGUGAGACCUGCCAGCCCUUCAGCACCACUGCAGGAUAACAGAACUCAAGGCUUAACUAAUGGGGCACUAAACAAAACAACCAAUAAAGUCACCAGCAGUAUUACUAUCACACCAACAGCCACACCUCUUCCUCGACAAUCACAAAUUACAGUAAGUAAUAUAUAUAACUGACCACCCUCACCCGCAUCUAGUUCAUACUGAUAUUCUUGCAAGGAACUCAGUCCCUUUUUAAUCACCCCUCCAAAGCCCUGAAAAGAAUGACUAAACCUGUACUUUGGGAAGAUGGUGCAUGGACUGUCCAAGAGUAUCUGGAACUAACUAUGUGUUGCCUGCAUAGUCAUAUCGAGUGUGCACUUACUGUAUAUCUUCUUAUUUACAUACCUGUAUGGAAAAUAUUUAGUCUGCACUUGUAUAAAUACAUCUUUAUGUAUUUCAUUUUCCAUAACUCACUUUAAUUUGACUGCAGCUUGUCGUGGUGAAUCACUUAACAUUAUAAAACAGUAAAUAGUUUGUUACUUUUGCCACUG